CUCUCUCCCUCACGCUUUCCCCGCCCCGGGAUGGCUUCAGCAGGCUCAACAGGUCACUCCUCCUGGUUGGGAGCGAAACCCGAGUGGGGCGGGACCCUCAGGAGCCUGUUACCUGUGAGAAAUCACUCUCUUCGUUGUUUUCUUUCUGUCUGUCCUUCCUUCUCCUCAGCCGCUCUCCUGAUAAGGAAGCGCCUUCGCCCUCUUGGAGGAGGAAGCGGGAGUUUGGGCUCCGCGUUUUGGCCUCCUCUCUCUACUGGCGCCAUGACAGGAAAUUCCUGAGACUCGGCGCUUCUUCAUUCGCAGUUUCAGCAAGAGUGAAGAUGUCUUAUUCAGAGCGGACCCAUCCAAAUAGAGAUUACAGACACAAGGAGAACCCCAGAACUAACAGAUAUAUUGAUGAGAGAAGUCGAACACCAUAUGCAGCAAAUGGCAGGUCCUCAACACCUGAACCUUCAAGCUCUUCCAGUGUUUUCACAGAGCCUUACCAGCGCUACCCAGCAGCAACCCAUGGAGAUGCCCGUUACCUGCCCCAGCCUUACCCUCCCAAGUUGACCUUUUCUGAGAAAUGCUCAAACCUGUGCUCCAGAAGAGGUAUCUUGCAGUUUGUUGAAGUGAUAGUCAACAUUUUAGUGCUGGUCUGCAUAGGAGCAGCCCAAGCAAGUCUUUCAGGUUUCUCUGCAAUGGCUGGUUUGGGCUCUUUCAGCCUCGAUUCAGCCUAUAGUCCAUUUGAAGGAACCGAACUCCAAGAAGUACGGGACCUGGAUAUGCAGUACAGCCAGAUGAGAGCUCCUUGUGUGUACGGAGGGGUGGCCUUUAGCCUAACCAUGAUGUGCCUCACCCUUCUCUUCCUCAUCGGUGGAGGGAAGCCUAUUUACCGCCUCUCACUAUUACUGCUGGGUUCAGAGUUCGUCUUCGACAUCCUUGCCUGCCUUGGGUACAUUGCGGCUGUUGGACUUUACCUUCACGUCGUCAUACAAGUUAACGCGACGGAUGUGUGCCGACGGCGGGAGAGACUGUAUAUGAGAAGGGGCUACACUUCCAUGAACUGCAGCGUGCAGGGUGGAGAUGCCUCUGUGGCUCUCUUUGGCCUCGUGGCCUCCUGCUUGUAUUUUGCAAGCACCGUGGUCUGUGCUUUGACCAUUCGGAGUGUGCGGGAGUUUAAGAGGCAGGAGGCCAAGAUGCAGCACGAUCUCGACAGAACCUACAGGGAAGGUGAGCGUCCCAAGGCCUAUAAAAGUCCAGGAAGUAGUCGUUCUGCGGGGACCUUCGCUACCCUUGUGUAGCCUGUUCCGAUAUUCAAGGGAACACAGCCAAGGAAUAUGUUGGAUGAUUCCAUUUAUAUUGUAAAACAAACUACUUUAGCCAGGCUGGAGGUGUAAUAAUAUUUCUUAAAAUUGAAGUAAUUGAGAAAGAAUACCAGAUUUCCUUAUUUUGUGUAAGUGUAUAUAUAGAUUUUAACUGACUUGAUUGUAACUAUGUGUUGUUGAAGGCUUUCAUGGCCGAAAUCACAGGGUUGCUGUGUGUUUUCCAGGCUGUAUGGCCAUGUUCCUCACAACCUCUGAGGAUGCCUGCCAUAGAUUUGGGCCAAAUGUCAGGAUAGAAUACUUCUGGAACAUGGCCAUACAGCCCGGAAAACACACAACAACCCUUGAUUGUAACUGUUCAGAAUGAAGUUUUUUUAUGCCUGUUGUGCUAGAGAUGGCCCAUGAAAAUGUUGUCGGAGCACUCCUGCUGUCCACCAGCCCUAUGGACUGGGCUUAUGGGAGUGGGAAUCUUACUACUCUAAGUGCAUGAAACUAACUGCUGGUUUACUAAACUUGGAUGCAGAGUGAGGCCUAAGGAACAAAUGGAAGGAGAUUAGGGCUUCUAAAAGGAUCAAUUCACAUAAUGCAUGGUUAGGUUCUAGAGCAGACAUGGGCAAACUUUGGCCCUCCAGGUGUUUUGGACUUCAACUCCCAGAAAUCCCAGUCAGUUUACCGGCUGUUAGGAAUUGUGGGUGUUGAGGUCCAAAACACCUGGAAAGUCAACGUUUGUCCAUGCUUGUUCUAGAGUCCAAUAAGAAUGAGAAAUAGGGGAGGAAAUUGUAUUGUUUUGACCAUGGUGUGACCACUUCCAUAAAGCUCUUUUGGUAAGUCUAUACAGUAGCACCCCGCCCCACUUUUAAGAAGGUUAAGGGUGCAGGACCCCCAUAAAAGUGAAUAAAAAACUCACAAUUUGUUAAAGUGCUCUAGGAAUCUCUGGGUCCUCCAGCAUGACACUACAGUCAACGUCCACCAGAAAUCAACCAUAGAAUGACACUAGAAGACCUACAAGUGGCUAGAGUAGUAUUCUUUAUAGAAAUCUGUAGGUCCUCUGGCACAACUCAUAUUCAACCAUAGAAUGAGAACGAGACAUUGACCAUAGAGUCAUGCUGGAGAAUCUAGAGAUUUCUGGAGAACACAUUAAUCAAAUCUACAAAAAAUAAACAAGCAAAUGUGGAGGGACAGCUGUAGAGUCCAACUCUGUAAGAUUAAAAACAUCCAGAGAGCAGCUUAAGCACUGUACUGCAGGUCAGUUGUUCUUCUAGUAAUGUUUAAAUGGGCAUAUAUCUCUAAAUAAGCACAUGUAGUUCAACUCAGUACAAGCUACAUAAGCAGCUAUUGUAGUGCAGUUUCAGGGAGGUAUCAGGAUAGGACACAUUCAAUUUAGUGCUGUACUCAGCUGUCCCUAGUGAUUGAAGAUGAGUGGAUGCUGGCACCUAACCCUUCCUUGCUAGUGUAACGGACUACUGAUCAAUAAAUCUCACCAAGACUCAGAAACUGCCUCUCUUCCUUGAAUUUGGAGAUAACAAAACAAUUAUUUAGGGCAGUGGUUCUCAACCUCUUGUCCUCAGAUGUUUUGGGCUUCACCUCCCAGAAAUCCCACCCAGCUUACCAGCUGUUAGGAAUUUUGGGAGCUGAAGUCCCAAACACUUGGAGAACUGAAAGGUUGAGAAUCACUGAUCUAGGGGGAGGAGGAACAUCUUGCAUAAAUGAAUUCUUUAAGUGAAGGAAUUAAUCCUUCUAUUUUUCCUUGUACUUAUUUUGGCAGCUACUCGGCUUUAUGGUGUGUGUAAGAGAAUUAUUCCUGCUCCAGUUCUGAAUACAAAUGCAGAACUCAGGGCAAAUGUCAGGGGUUUGCGGCUACAUAGGCUCACUAGGAGAGUUGAGAGGACUGAAACUUUUUUGAAAAUAUUCUAUACUCCAAAUCAUGGGCAAUUUCUAAGGCCUCCCUGGAAUUAAAAAGGCUGGUAGGGAAAAUGUGCCAGAAUUAUUCCCAUUUAGGGGCACAAAAGCAGUUUUGGGGGGCAAUAUGCACCCUGUAGCAUGCUACAACUUCCUCACCUGUAUAAUAGAGGUACAAAACUCAUUUGAGUCAAUGCUGUGCAUCUUUGGUUCUUGGCUUUCACAUGGUAAAGAAGGAGCCCCCGAUCCCUUGUGCCGGCAGGACUACUGACCAAAAGGUCGACAGUUCAGACCCCAGGGGGGUGAGCUCCUGUCUGUCAGCUCUAGCUCCCCAUUCGGGGACAUGUGAGAAGCCUCCCACAGGAUGGUGAAACAUCAAAACAUCUGGGCAUCUCCUGGGCAACGUCCUUGCAGACGGUCAAUUCUCUCACACCAGAAGCGACUUGAAGUUCCUCAAGUCGCUCCUGAUGCGGUAAAAAAAAAACAAACCACAGGGUAAGGAGGACAUAGGCAUUCUCAGAGCUACAUCUCUGUUAGGUCUGAACAUAAUGAUGCAAAGGUAUGCAAGCUUUUUGGUAAA